GGCUCAGGCUCAGGCUCAGGCUCACACGCAAGCUCAGGCUCAGGCUCAAGCCCAGGCUCACGUUCAUAUGCAACCCCAGACUCAGACACCAGUCAAAAGCCAGAAUCAGCCUCAGCCUCAAAAGCAUCAUCAACUCCCGACACCUCAGCCUCAGCCUCAGCCUCAGCCAAAGGGACAGCUGGUGGCUCCAGCUCACUCAACGCCGACCAAGGAGCCUUCAGAGAGCUCUGGGAACCUACCGCGCAGAGGCCGCCCACCAGGCCCGUCGGUUACGCCUUCUGCGCGGCCACACACUGUCCAGCAGCCACGACCUAUUGCUGCAGCAUCGCCUACCCCAUCUGCUAGUCCUUCAGGGCAGACAGCCGUUCCUCCGAGAUGGCAGCAACCUCACCCUUCCCCCUAUGCACAGCAGCAAUUCAGCCCUACACCAGCUCCGGCCCCAGCCCCGGCACCAUCCCAGGCGAAUGCUAAGCCAAAUGAUGCUCAAAGGCGGGUCAGCCCUCCCUUCAACAAGCAACAGCCCCGACCUGCCAUUCCUCCUCACCUGGUUUCGCAAGUUGCUGCUGCUGCUGCACCUCCGGCACAACGAGCCGCGAAUACCCCUAUCCAACCGCCACAGACGCCUGUCACAGCGCCUCCCAGCUUCCUUCUUACUGGCUCCGGAACUAAGUGGACUGUGACUUCUACGCCUUCAACCCCUCGGCCGGGUGCAUCAGACAAGGAGGCUGCUAGUCCCGCCUUUGAACCACUGAGCCCUGUGCAGCAAGUUGCGCCGUUGCCGCCUGCGCCUACACCUACACAAGCACCGCGGAAGCCCAGUCCCAAGCCGACACCCGUACCCAUUCCAGUGCCGAAGUCAGAGACGAAAACUCCCGGCCCUAGAGGCCGAGGCCGACCGCCACGCAGUGCGCACAAGGUCCGUGCCGACAGCACACCUUCGGUUGCGGGUACGCGACGAAGUCAGUCGGUCACGUCGCAAACUGACGAGUUGUCGAUGGAUCAUCAUGAGCUGGCGCCCAGAAUUAAGGACGAGAACGCCACUCCUAGAGUCACUCCUAGAGCAACGCCGAAACCGCAAGAUGACACGGGCGACACAACUGCUGACGAAAGCGUGCCGAGUCGGCGCAAUAUGAUUACACCUAGUAGCGUGUCAUCCCGUCUUGCUCAUAAGCGCAAACGUCAGGACACUCCAACCGAGCCACUCGCACCGCCGACAGCCCCGACUCACGUACUAUGGACACGCCAAUUUGGUCGGGUAAGUGCUGCUGCGCUUGAUCAGAUUGGUGCUCACAGGUUUGCGAACCAAUUCGCGAACCCCAUUCGAGAGCGAGACGCCCCUGGUUACAAGACUCUGAUCAUUCAGCCACAAGACAUCAAGUCUAUUCGUGCAGCCAUAACACAUGGCAACAGAGCAGCUACUGAGGCCGCCAAGGCCUUGCCAGAUGGUGACCCAGGCACAGGCUCUGUUCUUUUGCCAAUCAGUGACGAUCUGGUGCCACCAAAGAGCAUCAUCAACAGCGCCCAACUCGAACGAGAGCUUGUGCAUAUGUUCUCGAACGCCAUCAUGUACAAUCUGAACCCGAGUCGCGGGCCCGGUUCAGCUUUCAUGAAGGGCGGCAGUGCUGCUGAUGGGGCUGAUGUAGUGGGAUACGAGGUUGACGAAGAUGCCGUGGUGCGUUCUACAAGGAUGAUGUCUAUGGAGGUCGAGAAGAUUAUAGGAGAGCUCCGUAACGCGGAGAAGGAGCGCACAGGUCAAGCACCCUCGACCUCUGGCAACACGAGGCCGGCUAGCGUCGCUACUGGUGAAGAUACACCAAUGGCGGAAGACGACGUUGAUGAAUUGGCGGGUGACGCAGAUAUAACCUCGUCAACAAGGAGACGGCGCGUGGGCACGAGGAACUAGAAGCUGCCGCGCAUCGCACGCAAGCUUCGUUGAUUGGUGUGUUAUUUCUUUUGCAAGCUGUAUGUCGGGGGCCUAGAAACGGCCUCUUUGUAGAGAAGAAGUGUGUAGGAUACUCUGAGUAGUCCUUAGCGUCUACUUUCGUAUGAUAAUGUUACCAAGCAGCCCAAGUGUGGCUAAGCCAGUUAACCCAGGGUUCCUCGUCGUUGAGCAAUUUUAUGAUGUGACUCGCUAGGAAUAGAGAUACGUA